CCAACCCCAGUGGAGCGAAAGACACAAAAAGCACAAAACAUAUUCCCAAUCUUGCAUUUGUAUUUGCUCUCUCCUCUGGAAGUGGAAGUGGAAGGAGAAGGGUCGGAUGAAUGAAGCGAACAAUAAUAAUAAUGUGUGAGCUGUUGUUGCUUCUGUCUCUAUUCAUCUCCUCAUCUCUGGCCUUCCAAUCGGAUGAACUCCUCAUCGAAGAAGAGGACUUGGGCUCAGAAGGCGGAUUCCCUGAUCUCGCCCACAUCCGAUCAUCAUCACCACAACCACCUCCAACAACCCCAACCCGGAAGAGGUGUUCGGAGUCGGAUCAGGAUUCGAAGGUCCAGUUCUCACUCGAACACGCCUUUGGCGACUCCGAUUUCUCUCCUGCUGGCAUCUUCAACGCUCGCCUCAAAACUUGGAACCACGGGGCCCAGACACUAACAAAGCUGCGUUUUUCGAGGAAUGAUUUUACUGAGGUGGAGAAGGAGAAGUUUCAAAAUCUUCUGAAAGGAGAUGACUUCUAUAGGAUAAGAUUGCCUUCCAAUGUUUUGAGCUCCCCUGGGAGGGAAUACGUUAUAUCCUCUGUGAAAGCAAGAUGUCUUCCAAGAGAAAGCCUCGAUGAACAUUUUGUUAUACACAUGGAAGGUGUCAAUAUCUUGGCCGUAAAUUAUGGUGCCCCUGGGGCAUGUCCACAUCCCCGGCAACUGAAACUUCCUGCAAAAUGGUCUUUCAAGUCACACACGGUUUUGAAGAACAGCGAGCAGGCACCAAGAGCUCCAGUAUUUUCUGAAGAUAUUCUUGGAGAGACUGCAGAGGGUGAAGUUAUACUGCCACCAGAAAGGUCCUUUUGGGCUAAAUAUUGGAUGUACCUGAUCCCUCUUGGACUGAUCGUCAUGAAUGCCAUAACCCAAGCAAUGAAUAUGCCGGAAGAACAAGGUGGUGGCCAAGCGCAGCAGCCAGGGGCUGCAGUCCAACGUGGGCCAACUCCUGCUGUGCGGAGAAGAUGAUGGGUUUGAUUGCCUCUAACAUCUUGGAUGUGUGGAGUUAUAUAGACUGACCUUCGCUGUCUGUAAAAUUUUUGUUAUUAUUCCAAAUUUCUGUUAAUGAGAUAGCCUUCAGAAGAAGGGUAAAGCCCUCAAAAUUUCCACAGAUGCAUUUGAAUUCUAUUGGGAAUCAUAACAUGUUGCAACUUAAAACUUUUAAAAACGUUAGUUAAAUUGGAGAUUCAUGCUGCUCGCUCA